AUGCCCCUACUUUCAUCGCAAAGUUACGCAAUCUAGCGACUGAAACUUUUAAUUACAUUACACAAGACAAUGAGGACCUGUAAGCAUCACUGCACGCGUGUAAAAUGCAAUCACGAGUUACGAAACGCAAGUCAUACUUUACUUCUCACGAACUGGCUCAUUUUGCAAGCUGACAUUUCGCGGGGAGAAGGCUGGAGAGAGGGGAAAUAUUGUGAGCCAAGAAGAUUUGAUUUGGUAGUCCUUGGAUUGAUUAAAAAAAGACAUGGGUGGAGGUAGCAGCAAACUGAGCCCAGACACACUCGAGGACUUGAGAGGGAGUACUGCUUUCAGCGAAAGGGAACUCAGGCAAUGGUACAUCGAUUUCCGGGCGAGCUGCCCAGACGGAAGGCUGGAUAAAAAAGGUAUGGAGCGGAUGUUCAAGCAGAUAUACCCCGAGGGGAACGCGGUCAGGUUUGCCGAGAACGCCUUCAGGACGUACGACAAAAACGGGGAUGGUUUUAUCGAUUUUAAGGAGUUUAUGUGCGGGAUAUCGGUGAUGUCGCGUGGGUCGAAUGAGGACAAGUUGAGAUGGGCGUUUAGUCUUUAUGAUCAGGAUGGUAAUGGGUCCAUCUCGAGGGAGGAGGCUGCCAGUAUUAUUCAGGCCGUUUAUAAGAUGUACAACACGAACUACUCGACAACCGAGCUUGUCGAUAAGAUGUUCACUUCUUUCGAUAAGAACAAGGACGGUGUGCUAUCGAUGGAGGAGUUUAUUGAAGGCAGUAAAAAGGACAAGUCCUUCAUCAAGAUUUUGGAAUGGAACUGAUUGAAAUUUACAUGUAGCUUACAAACUACAUGCUCAGACUAUAUCACAUGUUGUCUUUUUUGGCUCGCUCCAGCCAGGUAGACAUACGUUUCACGUUGUCACCGGCUUUUCAUGAUUCACGUUUUCACUUAAUACGGUUUACGCUGUCACUUUAAAAGUCAUUUUUGAUGAUAGGGUUACAUAUGAUUCACUCAAUCACUUUUCCAUCAGAAGUAGCCAGAUCCAAGAUAAGAAGAACUAGUCGUAAAUCUGUCAGUAAUGAGCAAGAUAGAAGCGUCUACACUGUCUGUGCUGGUUGUGAUCAAGAACAUUUGAUCGGAUCAAAAACGUUUUAAAACGUCUACACAGUCUGAACUGGGUGUGAUCACGAACAUUUGAUCGGAUCAAAAACGUUUUAAAACGUCUACACAGUCUGAACUGGGUGUGAUCACGAACAUUUGAUCGGAUCAAAAACGUUUUAAAACGUCUACACAGUCUGAACUGGGUGUGAUCAAGAACAUUUGAUAGGAUCAAAGAAGUUUUAAAACUUCCUGGAUCACGGAUGAAAGCGCUCUAUCGAGAAUUUUGCCAUUUGUUUUCGUCAUUUUCAAGCUAACACAAAUACAGAAUCGAUGAUGAUAAUACAUUAAAUAAA